ACCCGCUUCUACAGCCUGCCCGCGGAGAAGAGCAGCCUGACGGUGGAUGCGGUGAAGCUGCACAAUGAGCUGCAGUCGGGGUCCUUGCGCACGGGGCGGGCGAGUGACAGCGCUCAGCUCUGCAUGGAGGAGGAGGAGGGCGGUGAGGCCGCCACAGAGAAGUCCUCGGGCACCUUCCUGAGCGGGCUGAGCGACUGCACCAACGUCACCUUCAGCAAGGUGCAGCGCUUCUGGGAGUCCAACUCUGCCGCGCACAAGGAGAUCUGUGCAGUGCUGGCAGCUGUGACAGAGGUGAUCCGCUCGCGGGGCGGCAAGGAGAGCGAGACCGAGUACUUUGCAGCACUGAUGACCACGCUGGAGGCAGUGGAGUCCCCCGAGUCGCUGGCUGCUGUGUCCUACCUGCUCAACCUGGUCCUAAAGCGUGUCCCAAGCCCUGUGCUCAUGAAAAAGUUCUCAGACACCUCCAAAGCCUUCAUGAGUAUCCUGUCCUCGCAGUCCUGCAGUGGCUCUACUUCUGCCCUCCGAUGGGUCCUUUCCUGCCUGGCCACCCUGCUGCGAAAGCAGGACCUAGCAGCUUGGAGCUACCCCGUCACCCUCCAGGUCUAUCACGGCUUGCUCAGCUUCUGUGUCCAUGCCAAGCCCAAGGUUCGGAAAGCAGCUCAAUACGGCGUGUGCUGCGUCCUGAAAGGCAGCGAGUUCAUGUUUGGUGACGCAGCCCCGCCGCAUCACCCCGCAGCCCCAUCCACUGCCAAGUUCUGCGUGCGGGAGAUUGAGAAGGCUGGAGGCACCAAGGAGGCCACCACCACCCUGCAUGUCCUGACGCUGCUGCGGGACCUGCUGCCCUGCUUCCCUGCAGCCGUGGUGAAGACCUGCUGCGAGACCUUGCUCAGAGUCAUGACCCUCAGCCACGUGCUGGUGACAGCAUGUGCCAUGCAGGCCUUCUACAGCCUCUUCAGCGCUGAGGCCAACUCGGCCUGCCUGCCAGCUGAGCUCAACGCCCAGAUCAUCACAGCCCUGUACGACUACGUGCCCAGUGUGAAUGACCUGCAGCCGCUGGUGACCUGGCUGUCCACCAUGGAGCGGGCACACGCCAACCUGAGCAGGUUGCAGAAGGACCUGUGCUGGGCUCACCUGCCCCGGUUCUUCUCUACCGCCAUGAAUUGCUUCCUGUCCCCGCACUCCCAGGUGGUGUCGACAGCCGCACAGACCCUUGAGAACCUCCUGUGUGACUGUGUUGCUCCCUACAUGAAUGACGUGGGCACCGUCUCUGCUUCUGCCUCAGCUCCUGGCUCUUACCUGUGCAAGAUGUUCAGGGCAGUGGAGGAUGGCCUGACGUACCGUUUUCAUGCAGCGUGGGCUGAUGUGCUGCAGGUGCUGGAGAUUUUCUUUGAGUCCUGUGGGAAGCAGUGCCAUCCCAUCAUGAAGAAGUGUCUGCAGUCCCUGUGCGACCUACGUCUCUCCCCGCACUUCCCGUACACCGCGGAGCUGGAGCAGGCUGUGGGCGCCGCCGUGAGCGCCAUGGGUCCCGAGGUCCUGCUGCAAGCCGUGCCCCUGGAGAUAGACGGCAAGGAGGAGACACUGGAUUUCCCCCGCAGCUGGCUGCUGCCCGUGCUGCGGGACUACGUGCAGGACACACGGCUCGACUUCUUCACCAGCUACUUCCUGCCCUUGGCAGCCACCCUGAGAAGCAGAGCUGUGGAGCUUGCCCAGGCUGGGAAGAGCCUGGAGUCCAAGAUCUAUGACACGCUGCAAUGGCAGGUCUGGACCCUGCUGCCCGGCUUCUGCAUCCAUCCUACGGACGUGGUGGUGGCCUUCAAGGGGCUGGCCCGCACGCUGGGCAUGGCCAUCAGCGAGCGCCCGGACCUCCGCUCCACCGUGUGCCAGGCCUUGCGCACCCUCAUCCACAAGGGCUGCGAGACAGAUGCAGAACGGGCAGAAGUGGGUCGCUUUGCCAAGAAUUUCCUGCCCAUCCUCUUCAACGUGUACAGCCAGCCUGAGGAGGACGGGGACAGCAACACACAGCGCCGCUCUGUGCUGGACACUGUCCGGGCUUACCUGACCAUCACAGAGCCACAGAUGGUGUGUGGGUUCCUGCAGAAAGCCAGCGAGAAGCUGACGAGCUCCGAAAGCUCCGAGUUUGCCAGGCUCUCCCUCCUGGAUCUGAUUGUGGCAAUGGCCCCCUACGCUGACGAGCAGUCCCUGGGCUCUCUGUAUCGCACUAUCCAGCCCUCCCUGCAGAGCAAGGAGCGCAGCGUGCAGAAGAAGGCGUACCGCGUGCUGGAGGAGGUGUGCGCCGCCCCCCACGCGCCCUGCCAGGCCUUCGUCCGCUCGCACCUGGAGGAUCUGCAGGCAGCGCUGCUGGACUCGCUCAAGAGCGCAGCCUCUCCGGCCAAGAGGCCCCGGCUGAAGUGCCUGUUCCACAUCGUGAAGCAGCUUUCUGCAGAGCACGAGCCCUUCGUCACCGCCCUGGUCCCAGAGGUGAUCCUGUGCACCAAGGAGGUGUCGGUGGGUGCCCGGAGGAACGCCUACCUGCUGCUGGUGGAGAUGGGCCAUGCCUUCGUGCGCUUCGGGCCCACGCCACCAGAGGCCCUGGAGCGGUUCCUGCUGCUCAUCUACGCGGGCCUCACGGGCUCUGUCACCAUGAUCAGCUGCACGGUGCUGGCCCUCACCCGCCUGUUCUUCGAGUUCAAAGAGCACCUGGGGCUGAGCGUGGUGGAGCAGCUCCUGCAGAACGUGUGCCUGCUGCUGCGCUCCCGCACGCGCGACGUGGUGAAGGCGGCGCUGGGCUUCCUCAAGGUCGUGCUGCUGCUGGUCGACGUCAAACUGCUCGCCAAGCACGUGCAGACGAUGCUGGAGGCCGUGGGGAACCUUUCGGACGACAUGAGGCGUCACUUCCGCAUGAAGCUGCGCAACCUCUUCACCAAGUUCAUCCGCAAGUUUGGCUUCGAGCUGGUGCAGGGGCUGCUGCCGGCCGAGUACCACAAGGUGCUGGUGAACAUCCGCAAGGCGGAGGCGCGGAGCCGCAAGCAGCGCGCCCUGAAGCGGGUGGGGGGGGCCCCCGCCCCUGCCGCCCCGCGGAGACAGGUAGUGAUGGAGCAGGGCCCUGCCGGCGCCUCUGGGCCCAGCAUUGAGGAGGUCCUGGCUGACUCAGAGGAGGAGGAGGAAGAGGAGGAGCGGAAGAAUCAGUCAUGGCAGAGGGGCCAGGCCUGGCUGAAAGAAGGGGAAGAGGAUGAGCCCCUCAACUUCCUGGACCCCAAUGUGUCCCAGCGGGUGCUGGCCACCAAGCCAGGGACUAAGAAGCCCAGAGGAGUGAGCCAUGACUUCCAGGUGUCUGAGGAUGGCCGCCUGAUCAUCCAAGAGGAGGAAGAGGAGGUGUACGAUGAUGAAGCUAGAGGAGCAGAUGAGGAGGUGGCAGAUGUGCUGCAGGAAGUCGGCCUUCGCAGUAAGAAAAGCCAGAAGCGUCGGUUUAGAGAGGAGCCAGAGGAUGAGGAGAUGGAGUCUGGGGCCUACCCUCAAUACAGAGCCGGAGGCUCUGGGAUCCACCGGCAGCUGGGCAAGGAGCCAGCCUUCGGCACAGAGUACAGAUCCAAGAAAGGCAAAGGCGACGUGAAGAAGAAGGGCCAGCUGGACCCGUACGCCUACAUCCCCCUGAACAGGGCCAAACUCAACAGAAGGAAAAAGGCAAAAAUGCAGGGCCAGUUCAAGGGCCUGGUGAAGGGGGCCCAGCGCGGGGCCCAGGCGGGACGCAGGAAGCGCCCGAAGGACCGUCGCCCCUGAGGAGCCUCGCACGCCCU